UGUAACACUGAUCUAUGUACUCUUUCUGAACAUCUUACAGUUAAACUCUGUUGUAAACAGAAAACAACAGGCGUUAUAAUGAUUUGCAUUUUACUUGUUGCAGGUCACGGUACUCUUUUAGAGACGCAGAUUAAGAAUGAUGUCACAGGCUUGUACACACAUCUAGCUGGAGUCCCAAAAGCAUUGCUACCUGGUGUUGGGGGGAAGAAAAUCCUAGAUUUCUGGUGGGAAACCGUCAACAUGCGACAACUCUUUAGUGAAGUCUAUUUAGUCACAAAUGCAGACAAGUACAAACAUUAUGAGCGUUGGGCAACUGCCAAUGACUUCCCAGUGGAGAAUGUGGUGAAUGAUGGUAGCACCACUUUGGAGGACCGGCUUGGGGCCGUCGCUGACUUGGAGCUGGCCAUCCGAAGCCGUCAUCUUCAAGACGACAUCAUGGUGAUUGCAGGAGACAUGCUAUGUUCUGAUCAAAACUUUGACAUCGCUCAAGUUAUUAGUUUUUUUCGGUCUAAGUCUGGAGAGUUGGCUAUAUAUUAUGAGCUUGAAGAAGGGGAGAAAUGUUACACCAGAGGCAUUGUAGAAGUAUGUCCAGAUACUCAUAGGAUCCAGCGUUUCCUUGAGAAGCCACAAGAGGGUGUCACAGCAUCUCGUCUGGCCAGCGUGGUCUUCUACUGCCUCCGAAAAGAGACACUAUCUUACCUCUCAGACUUCCUUCUCAAGCAGCCGGAUGUGGAAUACAGGACUUUUGGCAGGUUGUGGGAAUGGCUUAUAAAUGAAGAACAAUUACCUGUGUAUGGAAUGAAGCUACCGACAGGGUUCCAGUUAAUCGGACAAGUUGGUCUUUCUGACUACACAAAAUGGCUUGCACACUACACAACUAAACAGCAAGAGCUUCCAGCCAAACCUAUAACAUUCCGCUCUUAUGCCAGGGUAGGGCUUAUGGGAAAUCCCUCUGACGGCUUCCAUGGCAAAACCAUCGCCAUGACCAUCUCUAAUUUCUGGGCCGAAGUGACACUGAUAGAAAGCCAAUCUCUGGUCCUCCUUCCUCAUCCUCUGAACGAUCCCACUGAGUUCGGCAGCCUACAGGAUCUGUUUCGCAUCAGCCACAAAGAGGGGUAUUUGGGAGGUCUAAGACUGUUACAGGCCACCUGUAAGAAGUUUUAUCAGUUCUGCUCAAAUCAAGGCAUCGCUCUUACCAAGCAGAAUUUCACUCUAAAGUAUGAUACCAACAUUCCACGGCAGGUGGGCCUAGCUGGCAGUAGUGCAAUUGUGUCUGCUACCUUGAAGUGCCUAAUGAAAUUUUACAACCUCACUGAAGAUGAUCUACCCAAACCAAUCCGAGCCGACUUUAUCCUGAAUGUAGAGACGGACGAGCUCUUUAUCACAGCCGGGUUGCAGGACAGAGUGGUACAGGUGUAUGAGGGUUUGGUGUACAUGGACUUUAACAAGCAGAUAAUGGACAAGCAAGGUUAUGGGGAGUACAUCUCUAUGGAUAUGACCAGUCUUCCCACGUUUUGGUUAGCUUACCUGAGGGAUCCAAGUGACUCAGGCCGCAUUCACAGCAAUGUUAGAGAGCGCUGGCUGAAGGGUGAACCUGAAGUAUUAGAUGCCAUGAAACGCUUUGCCAAACUUACAGACCAGGCCCGGGAAGCUUUUGAAUCCAAGGACUGGCCAAGACUGGCCCAGCUUAUGGAUGAAAACUUUGAACUGAGACGGUCUAUUUACACUGACGCCUGUUUGGGAACAGGAAAUCUUCAAAUGGUACAAAUGGCAAGACAGUUUGGCUCUGCUGUGAAAUUACCUGGUAGUGGUGGUGCUGUGGUGGGCCUGUGUAUGGAUUCUGAACGUUUGGUGGAGAUGAAGAGAGCAUUCCAGGAGGCUGGCUAUGUUUUCUGCCUAGUUGUGCCCCAUAGUCCAUUGUAAUGUGUUGUGUAGAAGGAAUUAUUUUUGACAACAUACAGUAUUACAAAUUAGAUUGCAUUUCUGUGCCAAACACUCAGACGUUAUCCAGAUUUAAGAGAGAAUAACCUCUUGUAAGAGGUUAUCAUUACAGACUACGGUGUUGACUGUGGCAUGUGGACAGUGUAACCCUGGCCACAUAUAAGAGUCAUUGUGCUCCUGUUGCUGUGUUUUUCACGCAGCACAAACAAUUGUCUAUUUAAAGUGCUAUCAAUGCCAGCAUUGUACACCCUUCCUGUCCCUGUGUCUCAGUACAAUAAUGGCCUCAAACUCUUAACCAAAAUGUUGAGAGAGUGUAAUGUAUUCUGUAUGUAAAUAGGAUUUUUUAAAAAUAUAUAUAUUACUAAAAAUCACAGUGUAGUUGCACAUAUGGUUGUAAGUGCAGAUUUUAUGUGAAAAUCAUGUGAAGCUUGAACCAGUCCCAUAAUUUAAUGAAAAUGUUAUUACAGCAUGGAAUGACGGAGGAUACAAUAAUAAUUAUAAUGAUGAUGUAAUUCAUUUUUUAUUUAAAAUGCUUUCAAGACAAAGAAAUUCAAGUCACGGUAGUUAUUUGCUUUUGAUCAUGUGUCUAUUCUGAUAGUUUAAUGUACUGUGUAUUUUUUGCCGGAUCAAAUAACAUGAUGGUAAUAUUUAGCAAACAUACAAACAUACAAAAGGUAGAUAAGAGUUUAUAAAUUAGGUAACAGAGCUUCAAGAUCUUCAGGAAAUUGAAGUGAUGCACCUAUUUGUUGAACAUCUGGCUUGUAGAAUAUUUCAAAUAUUUGAUAGGAAUUAAUGCAUAAAUACACAAUGCUAGGAAAAUGCUUGAUAAAUGCUUCGUAACUCGUGAAAAUAGGCUGAGAGAGCAGAAACGAAGUCACUUCACUGUCUGUGGUUACAUUAAAGUAGGUGGCAAGUAUAUAAGUAUAUUGGUCAUUUUUCUAUACACAUAGAUUUAGCUCAAAUCAGUUACUUCCAAUUUAUUUCUUCUCACCUAUAUGCAAAAAAAAAAAAAAAAACGUAAGGGAUUUUAUUAUUAUUAUUAAUAUUAAUAAUAAUAAUAAUAAUAAUAAUAAUAAUAAUAAUAAUAAUAAUAAUAAUAAUUGACUGGGUCAGGCAAAAUAUAUAGAAAAUAGAUGUCUAAAUAUUUCUAAAUCAGCGUGACACAAAUGACUUGCUAAUUCUGGAAAUCACUCAUAUAAACUGAAACUUACUGUUCACUGUCACCCUACACUUAUUUUUAAUAAUACUUAAGGAUGUGAUACAAGUGGUCCAGGGUAUAUAAAAUGGGUAUUGGUAUUGAUGUAUAUGUAUAUGAAAUACAUCAAGAUUGAAAAUGUUACAUGUCAAGAUUACAACCAAAUUAGAUUUGUGGACUCAAAUAUGUAAUUGUGAUACAAAAAUCCAACGUUUUGAAUCUUACACAUUUGAAAUAAAACUUUUCAAUAAAACAA